AUAACUAUAAAACCUGUUGUGUAGGAUGUUAUUGUUCCCUGAUCAAGGUUGACUCCUAAUCUGAUAUGAACUCUUUGAUGGGCCACGGCCCGCACAUGAGCGGAGGUCAAAAUAAGCAGACUCCUUUUCAGACACCUUCUUUGCCAACAGCUUCUCUAAGACAAAAUCCACCGGGAAUGAUGGCUCCGGGCCAGGGUGGACAAAUGAUGCCCUCAUCUGGGGGUAAAAGGAAGGAGAUUUACAAAUACGAUGCGCCCUUCACACUCUACGCUAUGAGCUGGAGCAACCGUCCUGAUAAGAAGUAUAGACUUGCGCUGGGCAGUUUCAUAGAGGAGUACAGCAAUAAGGUUCAGAUAAUUCAGCUAACUGACGAAGAAAACGGCGAGUUUAAAGUGAAGGGUAGUUUUGACCACCCCUACCCUACUACUAAAAUACUGUGGAUCCCAGAUACGAAAGGAGUGUGUCCAGAUCUGUUAGCGACCAGCGGCGAUUAUCUCAGAAUAUGGAAAGUCAGCGAAAAUUCAGGGGAAGUCAAACUGGAAUCUUUACUCAACAAUAACAAGAACUCAGAUUUCUGUGCACCAUUGACGUCAUUCGACUGGAACGAGUUAGAUCCUAAUCUAGUUGGCACCUCCAGCAUUGAUACAACAUGCACUAUUUGGGGCUUAGAGACAGGACAAGCGAUAGGAAGGAUAGACAACAACAGCGUAACAGGAAUGGUCAGGACGCAACUGAUAGCUCAUGAUAAAGAGGUGUUUGACAUCGCGUUCAGCAGGGCUGGCGGGGGUAGAGAUAUUUUCGCGAGUGUCGGGGCUGACGGCAGUGUUCGGAUGUUUGACCUCAGGCACCUUGAACACAGCACUAUUAUAUACGAGGAUGCACAGCAACAACCACUUCUCAGACUCUGUUGGAACAAACAAGAUCCUAAUUACCUAGCCACCAUGGCCACCGACGGACUAGAGGUUAUAAUCCUGGAUGUCCGAGUACCCUGCACUCCGGUAGCUACUCUCAAGAACCACACAGCUUGUGUUAACGGAAUCGCCUGGGCUCCUCACUCUUCCUGUCACAUCUGUUCUGCUGCAGAUGACCAGCAGGCGUUAAUCUGGGACAUACAGCAGAUGCCUCGACCCAUUGACGACCCCAUCCUGGCUUACCGAGCUGACGGAGAGAUCAAUCAGGUGCAAUGGGCAGCAGGUCAGCCAGACUGGAUAGCUAUUUGUUACAACCAAUCCAUGGAGAUCCUCAGAGUAUAGAACCCUCCUCAUGAUCAGACAUUCCACAAUUUUCCUGAUCGUUGAAAAAAGUGCAAUGCAGAGCAACUAACAGCUACUUGAGCUGAGAUUCUGAAGGAUUUUGUCAGCUGUGACUCGGAUCAAGUUAAUUCGACCGCAAAGUUUUGUAACUGCCACUUUUGAACAACGCUUCUACUAUAACCGCGGAGACACGGUCAGCCACUUGCUCUUUUACCAACAUGACAUGUCAGGGGAACUCGGGAGGUCUCCGUAUUUUCACCAUUCAGCUCGCUCUCACCCUUGUUAAACUUAACAUAUUAGGUGUUACUUUUGGGACAGAAGUGGUUGAAAGUAGAUUAAAAUUUCAAGUGCAUUUUUGAUACCCUGGUACAGUCAGCUACCUUUUUUUAUGUGCCUCUUUUAUACGCGGUUUUUGAUACCAAAGUCGUUUCUCACAAGUCACAAAGCCUAUAUCAGUUAUGGCAUUUUAAAUGGCGGAUGAAUUGAUAAAACCGAAAUGUGUAGAAAUAGCUCAGUUAUUUCAAGGCACCUCAUUUUAACGAUUUGAAAAGCUCAUUUUAAUGGCACUCAUCAGUGUAAUGUUAUAUGCGGAUUGCGAACCUACGUAACACGCAGUUUUUCGGUCGAUUUUUGAUACCUCGCGUAUAUAAUAGAUAUAACUGACUGUACUAUUUUCAUAGUUUCCUUAACCAGUUGAUGUUAUAUUUAGUCCAAGUUGACUCCUAGGGGAAUUCCUGGGAUUUUUAAUUGUUUUUAUUAUUUAAAACCCAGAAUAUGAUUUUGCUAGUACAUUUUUGGGCGUAUUGGAUUGGAUUUUCAUGCCAUUUAAUCAUUUAUUUACACCUUAACUUUAAACAUCAAGUUUCCUGAAUAACUUGAUUUAUCGACGAAAUCAAUCCAGCCGGCAGGGUCGUGAGGUAUCAUAUUAAAGAUUUAAAUAUUUAUAUGAAAUAUUGUACUGUAUAUUACUACAUACGUUAUUACCCGAAA